ACACACACACACACACACACACACACACACACACACACACACACACACACACACACACACACACACACACACACACACACACACACACACCCCAACCUAUUCCAGCAGUGCAGGCACAGCAGAGAGCACUAUCCAAAAGGAGGAGGAGGAGGAGGACUCCUGCUCCUUCCUCUCCUGGUCAGCUACACAUCAACACAUGAGAAGCUCCAUGACACUAAUCCAAACCCUGAAACCCAAGUGACCGCAGACAGAAAAGGGGAGGGUUAUCUAAGGCUCCCUGCACGCCCAUGUGCCUGCUCGGAUCAUGGAGCUGCACUGUCUUCCUACUGGGAGCCCCACAACAGCCAGCUCCUGCUCCACGGAUCUCCUGUACGACAACUGCCCCCCCUUUGCCCAGCGAGACAAGGCCAGGGAGAAGGAAAUAGAGAUUAAAGUUGUGUGUCCUGUAGUAACCAGACCCUCGAAGCCCAGCAGCCCUCAGUCGGGUUUGGUCCCUGCUUUGGCUGAGGUUCAGACAGUGGUUGGUGGAGGAAGAGGGCUUGAACUCUGGCCAGAUCACAGCUACUGCAGCUGCACAGGCGUCCUGGGAGGACAGGCCUGGGAGUCAGAUCCAAGUUCGGGCAUGAACAAAGUAAGAGGACAGCAGGGAGUCAAGUGGAGAGCAGAGGAUGGAGCUUAUCUAAGCCACAGCCCAUCCCAGAGCGAGGAGCAUCGAAGUGCUCUGUCUCUCUACGAUAAUCUGAUGGAUACUGGGUUAAUUGGGAGUCUUCAGGAGGUCUCUGAUAUGGAAACAAGCCUUCAGGAAUAUGCCUACAGAGUUCCUGAAGAACUGAUCCUAAAUGAUGCUGUAAGUAUAGACAAGAGCCCCUGGUCUUCUUGUGAAGUCUUCCUCAAUAAAGGUUGUUCCAGUAAGCAGGACUGGAACCCAGACCAGGACAAGGAGCAGGAACAGGAUCCAGAGCUGGACUCUGGACCCUGUGAGUCUGUGCAGGAGGACCAGCUGAGCCAAACAGACUGCCUGUGGCCUCCUGUCAAGCACCCGAAGACGCCUCCUCCGGUUCCCCUCGCUGACCCAUCAGCUAGUGCUCUACGGAGCCUCCUCACCGGCCUCCAACAGCAGAUCAUCAGGCAGAGGGAGGAGUACGAAGCCCGACUGGUCAGCCCAGUGGGAGACCCUCGUGAGUGAACAACGGAGGAAAUCACAUCUGAUCAGGGAACACAAGGGACGCCUUGCUUUGCUCCGGAACAGCUGUUAUCUCCUGCAAGUUUUUAUUUCAUUUAAACUUUUACCUUUUCUCGUCUCUUAUAGUUCACAAUAAGCAAUUACACCGCUAUUGCUUCAAAUUAUCAGACGGUUUUUCUCUUUCUCCGUGACCAAAUACGCAUAUAUCUAUCGUGAAGUAAGGUCCGUUUAUUGUUUAUUUGAUCUGGUAUUGUCGGUAAGCUGUGGCCAGGCUGCCGACUAUGUUUAGAUUAAAUAAUUUACGAGUGACCUUUGUUGUUUAAGAGUCUAAACUUUUGAAGUGUUAAAGUUAGAUUACUGUGAUUUUUAAGCCACUAACUGAAAGUUGAGAACUGGACACUAAGUUCUCCUGUGUAUGCGAGAGGGAGGGGGAGAGCCCCACACACACUUACAGCUCAUUCCUCCAGCCUUAUCAGACACACACACACUCACAAGCACGCGCACACCUGCUCCGGGAAAACAAAGCUUUCAUUGAUUUCAUACACACACACACACACUCACACACACACACACUCAUACGUGUUUUUUUUUUGUGUUUGUGGGGACUCACCACUGAAACAAAUCCAUCAUGUGGGGUCAUCCUCCAUUUUACACUCAUUUUCAAUUAUACCAUUGUUUUACAUUAUUAAUCUCCUUGUUUAAUUAAAUGUUAUAAAAUUCAGAUUUUUGUCUCAAGCGACUUCUUGUGUUGACUAGAAAUCUCUGCUCCUAGGAUUCACAUCUUUAAGAUAGACUGAUAAGAGUUUUGGAUUCAAUUUUUCCCCGGUUAAAGGGGAUGGUGCCCCGUAGAUACUUAAUUGUAUCUUAAUUAAUAACUCGUGUAAAUAUUCCCAUAUUUACAGAAUUUACUGAAGAAUCCAAAAGUAAGUAGAAGCUUACUAAUUAUUUGCUACCUAAUAACCCCAACAAUGUUAUUUGUAAUAACCCGGUUUUGAAUGGGUUAUUGGCUGCAUGUAAACACAGUUUGCUUAUCUAACUCCACUUGAUGAAGUAGCACCUGGUUUGGGUUUCACUACCACCAUGGGAUCUACUGGUCCUGGUUUCACACCCUAUUUAGUGUUGGAUAGAAGCAGAAGCAGAAUAAGUUUCCUUGUUAUGCAAUCAAGGGAUUUUCUCUUGGUUCCACACACUCACAUCACACAACUAAUCAAAAUUAUAGCUAAGUAAAUUUGGGUAAAAAAUUAGCUUUACACGUUUUAUCAUGUCUCUUAACCACAUUGUAACAUAGCAUUACUUUCAGAUAUUCUAAUUUUAUAUACAAACCAUUGUUCGAGGUUUGUGCCACUUCUGUUCUGUCUCGGUGCAUGAAAGGACAGGAGGAACAGCAGACAUCCCACACUCUGAAUAAUGGGCUGUCUGGUAAAGCAAUGCAACCAAAUGGUCACAGAGCCCAAUUCCAGCCACACAGGAGCAUGAGCUGGUAACCAGCACAACUGGAUCAGAAUCACAUAAAGUAAUCUGAAAUACACACAAACAAAUACUGUCAAUGAACUUAAAAUAACUCAUUAUGUACGUAUACGAAUGAACAAUAAAGCUAGAAAAUAAAAAGAUGACAGACAGAUUUGAGGUAGAACAUAAGCAGCUGAAAAGCUGAGUGAAUGGAUGGUCAUUGCUCUAUUUUUUAUAAAAUAUUUAUUUUCAUUUAACAGAUAAUAUAAUCGUUUAACUUUGACUUUAGUUGCAUGCACUGACUUUAAACCAUCAGAACCUUUUCACUCAGCUACUGCAACACUGCAUAACCACCGUUUCAGCUGGGAUUUAUUUUCAGGCUCAAGUCUAUUAUCAAUAUUUAUGUAUCAUAUUUUAUAAUUCUCAACAUAUAUCCAUUAUUUGCUAAGAUAAGCAACUUAUCACACCUUUUGUCCAAGCUGAAACAUGGUAUAACAGUGAAAAUCAGAACAUGUUCAACAAUCUUCACUGCAAAGCCUACUCUCAGCUGGUGUGGUUUGGCUGCUUUCUUCAUGGACCGAUAGCAGUGAGCUCUAACCGAGAUCUCACUGGUGGCCCGGUUUCUCACUGACAUUUGAAAAAAAAAGUACAAAAAUAUUAACUGGGGACAUCGUUUUUAUGUUUAUUUAGAAGAUAGCCCAAGACACAGGAGGUCUUAACUUAGCAUACGGAGGAUACACAUGCAUUAGUCAGCUAGCGAGUAGCUAGUUUUCGCUAGCUUUAGCAACUUACCUUCAUAAAUGCAGAGAUACGAGGACACAUAAAACCUAAAACCUUUCUCCAGUUUACUUUGCGGUGUUGUACUGCAUCCUCAUACAAUUCUCCGCACAUCGUUUACUGUAAAUCGUGGUAAUUCCAACAAACAUUGAGUGAACUGCAAAGUAUCUGCCAUUACACCGGCUUAUUCUCCUGACCGGAAGUGAGGGUGCGGCCUUAUGUAAAACACGGAAAUGACUCGUGCAUAGAGCCUAUUGCAACCAAAAACUCAGGGAUUGCAAAGGAGAAAGCCAGAAAGUGUAAGUGCAAAUCUGGUAGUGAGAGCAAAGCUCUGUGAGCAGUGAGAAUGAAACUAAGGAAACUGAUAACAAAAACACAUAGAGGCAAACAGAAAAAGGAAACAUUCUUUGUAACUCAUUUUAAGAAGUUGAUUCAGAUAGUAAGUUUUACUUUUGAAACAUGUUUUUUCCUUUAGUCAAUAUUUUUGUUCUAUCAAUUUCUUAAUUUUUGUUUGACCAUCAAAGUGUUUUUCUUGAUCAUUUUAAGAAUCUGAUUCAGAUUGUAAGUUUUUCUUUUGAAACAUUUUUUUUCUCUCAAUGUCUUAAUAUUUGUUUGAUCUUCAAAGUGCUUUUCUUGAUCCUAUUGGCACAAAUCUAAUCCGAUAUGAUUAUCUUAAAACACAGAUCGUAUUAAAAGUUGAAGCAUUUCUCCACUGAUUUUUCGAGCAAACAGCUGGUUGGUGCGAGGCGUGGGGAGAGAAAGCUCAGCUGACAUAUAGAAAACAGCUCUCGACAUUGGAAAGAGAGCUAAUUUAAGGGUCCAUGCUGCUGACCUAGACACAACACAUACCCCAUUUAUUACUGAUAUAGAUAGAGCAUGUCUCAGAGUAAGGUCACACGUUGGGUCUCGCUAGUGAGGACAAGGAGGGUUUGGUUUGACACAGACCAGGGAGAAGAGAGGUAGAUGCACUGCUGAAAAAUGUAAUCAUAUUCAUAAAUUAGAAAUUAUAACCAAAAGAUGAUUCCAGUUAAACAAGCGGAGAAGCUUUUUGACCUGCAAAAGGGAAGAAGGCAGGGAUCUAAAAACAAGACAAGUGGGUGAAAGUGUAAUCGGGGGUUUAAUUUAGUCCCUCUGCUGUACAAUCUUUAUAGCAUCACUAUUUCAAAUCUGAUCUUUGGUUUCCUGUCAUGAACUUGGCUUUUAGCAGAGUUCAUGUGUUUCCAACCGACUGCUCCAUCCAUUCAGACCAGUUCUGGUGUUUUUGAGAUCCUCCUCCUGGUAGAGUUGAUAAUUUGUGUUAAAGGUAACAUGUAGAGGCCAUGCUGUUUCCUUCUAUCCACAUCAUGAUGUUACCACCACCAUGUCCAACAGUCAGUACGAUGUUCUCACCUUCAAACAUAACUUUAGUCUCAGUGUGGCCCUAGAGUUGACUCAUCUGUGCAGUAAACGUUUCUCCAGGAGACAUGUGACUUGUCUUUUUUGGUUGGGUUUGAAGGUGCCUCUUUUAUUUCCUGGGCUCCUAUCGUGACUCAGUAGUUUCUAUUUGACGUUGAUGCAUGAGUUUUGUUUAAUCAAAUGAUAAAAUAAUUGUUAUACCAACAAAGAGAAGCUGCAAUGCUGUCAGUCGUGAUCACUAAUCAGACCUUGGUGAACUAUGACCUUGUCAAGACACCACCAGCACCUAUUAUCAAAGAAUGGACAUAUAUUUGAGCAUGUUUAUGUACAAUAUGACCACGGAAGAGAAAAUCCACCCAGAAACUCAAAUGUAUGCACCUCAAUUUUCCUUUUGACUGAUCUUUGAAGUUGACUAUAAAAAAGGAAAAUUAAAAAGUCAUCAAAAGCUACACAUUAAUGAAAUUCACAUCCCAAAUAAGUGCAUUUAAUCUCUAACCGUGAACAUUUACUCAUUGGUAGAUUUGGACACCAAACUUUGAACUUCAGUCUGCU